AUGGCCGAAGCCCGGGUCAAUCUGGUGUCUCGCGCUGUCACAUGGCUUCAGCGCGCGUUCCUGGCGGCAGUGGCAGGCUGGCACGUUGGCUCGGGUGGUGAACCGUUUGCCGUCGGUAGCGUUUCCGGGGGCCGCCGCCGUGAUUCUGCAUUUCUCAAGCGCCGAGAACGCCGAGAUGCCAGACCUCGCAUCUCGGCGAUAGCCCGGAGGCGCCUGGCUUUCCGCAUUUGA